UCAGCAUCUGCAGUUUUAGCUUUAUUUUGAAUUAUUGUUUGUUUUUUUGGCCCGUCUUUGCAAUGUAAAUUUGCUCCUUGCGUGUUUUAUUGACAAAACGAUUCCAGGAGGAUGUCACAGCUACUAUUCACGGUCACGAUGCCGCUCUGUCUGCUGAUAGAGGCUAAAUGUCAUAUGUCUUGAGGAAUCGGUGCCCUUGUGAGGACGUCUGGGAAUGGGAAGGGCUGCCGAUGGAGAACCCGGCUGCAGCGUUCACCGAGCCGAUGGCCUUGCGCACCGCCCGCAGCCUGGUACAGGAUAUCAGGAUCAAUGUGCUGGAGUGCAAAGUCUGUUUCGAGCACUACGGCGAUAACACGGCAUGCCGACCCUGUGUGCUGCCGUGCGGGCAUGUCGUGUGCCGCCACUGCGCCCGGACUCUGACCCGGGCCGGAGAGCUGCAGUGCCCGUUCUGCCGGCGCUGUGGGCCGUCGUCGCUGGCCGCCGACUGCCUGCCGCUGCUGCAGCUCGCGGAGAUGCUGGGCCCGGAGCAGGGCGGCGGCCCCGGUUUGCCCUCGCAGCUCCGACUGAUAACGGUGUACGGAGGCUGGGGCCAGCUGCUCAAUCCCAGGGCGCUGGCCGUGUGCCCCGAACUGCUGGCAGUGGCCGAUGACAGUUCCCGGCCGGUGCGGCUUUGGGAACGCGGCGAGCGCUGGCUGGAGUCCGACGUCGAGGCCACGGGGCUGGUGUACCCGCUGGGCGUGGCGCUGGCCGGCGGCGGGCAACUGCUGGUGGUGACGGACGGCGGCGACUCGUCUCUUAAGGUGUUCGUUUUGGGUCAAAGCCGGAAACCUGCCGUAGUCCAGGACAACUUCGGUCUCCCGUGGGGUGUGGCUGCGGGUCUGAGCAUCAUCCAGGUGGUACUGACAGACGCCGGGCGAGGCUCUUUACUACUGCUGAACCUGCGGCUGCCCGGCGGUGCCCUACUGGGUACCGAGAGCGUGUGCGAGGGGCUGCGCUGCCCCCGGGAAGUGGCCGUGUGCCCGCGGCAAGGCUGCAUCCAUGUGGUGGAGCACCUCUUGCCGCCCGGCUCCUCCGCCGCUGUCCGCCUCAAAACCUUCAACAGUCGCCACCAACUGAUCCGCCAGCUGGACAGCACCGGCGUGAGCCCGGUCGCCCGCAUCCCCGCCGGACUCUCCGCCAUCGCCGUGGAUGCCGAUGGCAACGUGCUGGUUGCCGACGGGCUGGACGGUACGGUGGGUCGUGUAGGUGUCCCUGGGACCCGCCAGUACAGCAUCCUUGUGGACCAUGGUCUGAUCCGCCCAGUAGGGCUGGCAUGCACUGCUGACGGCGAGCUAAUGGUGCUAGACGGUGGAGACAACACGUGGAAGGUGUAUGCUGAUCUCUCCAUGCCUCCCGCCAGAGAGCUAUCCUGACGAUACCUUUGUAAUAGUUGUUUUAUUUAUUAUUACCAUGUGUAUAAUUUCCUUUGUGAAAUAUCAUUCAAGGAAAGAAAUUAAUUGUGCUCUGGUGCAUAUGACAAUAAUCUGAUUCUGCAGCCCCGUUUUACUUAACCAAACUAUGUUGCUGCAAGACUUUUAUGAACUGGAACCCUUGAGUUCAUUUGAAUUGUUGUGCAUCUUUCUGUGAAGCCACACACAAAAUUGAAGAUAUGAUAACAUUUGGCAUGAUAUCUAAAACUUUGACAAACUUCUAUUGAUGUGUGGUAGAGAGCAUAUUGACUGGCUGCAUCACAGUCUGGUAUGGAAACACCAAUUCCCUUGAACAGAGAAGCCUAUAGAAGGUAGUGGAUAUGGUCUUGUCCAUCACAGGUAAAGCUCUCCCCAAAAUUGAGCACAUCGACACAGAGCACCAUCACAGGGAAGCAGCAUCCGUCAUCAGGGACCCCCACCACCCAGGACGUGCUCUCUCCCUGCUGCUGCUAUCAGGUAGAAGGUACAGGAGCCUCAGAACUCACACCACCAGGUUCAGAACCCAUUAUUACUCCUCAACCAUCAGGCUCUUGAACCAAAAGGGAUAACUUCACUUGCCCAUCACUGAAAUGUUCCCACAACUUGUGGACUGAAUUUCAAGGACUCUUCUCAUGUUUUCAACAUGUAUUGCUUAUUUAUUAUUUAUUUUUCUUUUGUAUUUGUAAAGUUCAUUACGUUUAACACAUUAGUUGCUUGUCUGUCCUGUUGGGUGUGGUCUUUCAUUGAUUCUAUUACAGUUCUUAGACUUACUGAGUAUGCCCGCAAGAAAAUGAACCUCGGGGGUUGUAUGGUGUGUCAUAUAGUGUAUGUCCUUUGGUAAUGGAAUCUCGUUUUUGACUAGAGAUGUAAGCAUUUUUUGUGCGUUACAAAUCUACCCAUUUAAAGAAGUAAAAUAAGCUUUGGUGUGAAUCUAGCAACAAAUGUCUGUGUUGGCAUGGGUGAGAAACAUUGGAGCAUUGUUACAAUCUUAUCAGGAUAAAGUCAGCUAAUUGUCUACUGUGCACGUGGUAUUCCUAAGGAACAGUUAAUUAGAAUUACCUAUUUGCUUUGUUACUACUUGGACAAUCUUGUACUUACUCCACGGUAGCACAAACAAAAAUGCUGGAGGAACUCGGCAGGUUAGACAGCAUCUGUAGAAAGGAGUAAGGGGUUGACAUUUUGGCAGAGACCCUUCAUUGGGACUCGAAAGGGAGGGGAAAAAGUCAGAAUAAGAAGGUGGGUGGGGAAUGCGGAAGGAGUACAAGUAAGAAGGUGAUAAACGAAGCCAGGUGAGGUGGAAAGUAAUUGGUGGGGGACUGGGGGGAAUGAUGUGAAAAGCUGGCAGGUGAUAGGUGUAGAAAGUAAAGGGCUGAAAGAGGAAUCUGAUAGGAGGGGGGAGAAGGAGAGGCUCAGAGGGAGGAGUAAAGGUAAAAGGGGAGCCAGAACAGGGAACAGAAGUUACAGAAAUCAAUGUACGUGGUGUCAGGUUGGAGGCAACCCAGAGAGAAUAUAAAGUGUUUCUGUCUGCAACAACACAGGAUAUCCCAGUGGCCAACCAUUUUAAUUCCAAUCCCCUAUCCUGUUCCAACAUUUUAGUCAAUGGCCUCCUCUACUGCCACAAUGAGGCCACUCUCAGGUUGGAGGAAAACACGCAUCAUCUUCUGACUGCGUUGUCUCCAGCUGUGAUCCUCUUUGGGUAGCCUUCUUCCUUUCCAGUCCUGAUGAAAGGUCUCAACUUUAUCCAUUUCUAUAGAUGCUGCCUGACUUGCUGAGUUCAAGCAUUUUGUAUCUGUUGUUCUAGAUUUCCAGCAUCUGUAGAAUCUCUUGUCUCUAUGUUGUACCUGCUCCGUUUCCUUUCACUUCCUUCAGUUUGUGUUUGACAGAUUCAUCAUAAUGCAAACUUGUUAAGACAAUUUAAUAAAUUCUCAGCUAUAAACAUUGCUGUACAGCUAAACAAGCCAAUUUAUCCAAAUCAAGAUUCUAGAACUUGCAACAGUAUGAUUAAGAAGAUGUCUGUUUUGGUGUUCAUGUAGAGAAUCAUGAGGGCAUAGAGAACACUUUAAAAGGUGUCUUAAGAUGUUAACCAGGCAGACAGUGAGCCAGUCUUAUUUGAACGAGUGUUUCGGACAAUGCAGCAUUCCACGUAUGUCAACCCAGGUCAUACACUUGAUUCACAUGGGAAUACUGAAGCGACAGUGUUCUAAUCUAAGACAACCUGCCACAGAUGUAAGCAGUCUUUGAGUACCUUGCCGUUGACAUCACAGAAUUUGGCAAAGCUUGGUUCAGUGUCUUCAGAAAUUUGACCUCGGACAUCAUCACAAUUGAGUCCCGAGUAGUAACUGAAUACCAAACAUUGCUCCAUGCUUCAGUGGCGUAAUAUUUAUUUAGCUUUUAUUGUGUCAUGCUGGACAAUUGUAAAGCUGAACAGUGAAUUUGGGCCAAACUCUUGGCUAGGUGUCCAUAAACCUAUACUUAAUAUUCUCAUUGGUUGGGUUAUCAUCAUUUCCUCCACACCUGGUAAUAUCCACCCAGAGAACAGUUUUAUGGACCGAUGCACUACAUUGACUACCCAAAGUCAAUCUCAAAAGUAAAACACUGCAUAUUCUGGAAAUCUAGAGAAAGACAAUCCUAGAAAUUCUUGUCAGAUCAAGAAUGUACAGAGAAGGAGUUUUAACUUGUCAGGUUGAUCACAUAUGAAUUGAGAAAAGUUAGAAAUAUAUGUUUUUUCAGUUGCAGAGGAAAGGAUAGGGAUGGAGAGAGAAUAAAUGACUGUGGUUAAGUAGACAAAAUGUUUGGCAUGGAUUUGGCCUGUACCUUUGCUCUUUGACUCUAUUGAGAAUUGGAGAAACAAUCACAUAAAAAUAGGGGUUAAAUGUGUUUUAAGAUAUGAAUAAGAAAGGAGAAAUCUCAAAUAUCAGAAGAGAGAAGCAGUUUUUUUUAACAAAAAAAGGAAAACCCUGGGAAUUGCAAAUAGGAAAUAGGACUGAUGGAUUAUCUGAAAUAGUUGAAUUUGAAACUGGGUUCUGAAUGUGCCAGUUCAGAAAAUGAAGUCUUGCUUGCCUUGAGUUUCAUUGAAAUAAUGUAGACAACUACAGGCAGAAAGGUCAACUGAGAGUAGAGUGGAAAAUUAUAAUACACAGACCAUAAAAAGGGGCUGAUUGGUAGAGUAGUGGUUAGCACAACGCUUCACUGUACCAGCGACCUGGGUUCACUGCCCGCUGCUGCCUGUACAUUGUCCCUGUGACCGUGUGGGUUUUCUCCGGUUUCCUCCCACAGUCCAAAGUUUAAUUCAUCAUCUUAAAUUGAUUAAACAGAUUAAAUCAGGGAAUUGCUGGCUGGCGUGGCUCGAAGGGCCUAUUUCAAUAAAUCAAUCAAUAGAUUCUGUUGUUCAGAUUCAGGGGAGUCUUCUGAAGCUUGGGAGGGCUGGAUGCAACUUACAAUAGCCAGCAGAUGGUGUAGCUAUGGCUAAUUUAUAUAAACAUUCUCAUUUAUAACAUUCCUGAAAUUAGCAGAGCAGCUAAAUAUUUCAGGCAUUUUCUUUGACGGCAAGCCAGAGUUAAAUGAGGCAAACAAUGAGUAAGAGUUUUUGUUUAUUUAGAUAGAUGAAUUUGCAGAGAUACAGAUACAAUAUAGAGGAUCCUUUAAA